AUGGCAACGAGGGUGUUGUUGUUGAUGGCUCUCUCCCUUUCUAUCCUCCCUUUACUUCUUCUCCCCGUUGCUACUGCACAGUUCCAUGUCAAAGGUUCCGUUUACUGUGAUACCUGCCGCGCUGGAUUCGAAACCAAUGUCACCUUUUACAUUGAAGGUGCAAGGGUCGGAAUUCGGUGCCAAGACAGGAAGACUAUGGACAUAACUUUCUACACGGAAGGAGUGACAGACUCCACGGGAACAUAUGACAUUGUAAUUAAAAAUGACCAAUAUGACCAUAUUUGCCGAUCAGUACUUGUUAGUAGCCCACUGCCAUGGUGUAAUACCCCAGACCGAGGGCGUGACACAUCCAGCAUCGUACUCACCCACUACGAAAACGGUGUCGUCAACAACCUUCACUAUGCAAAUGCUAUGGGUUACUUGAAGGAUGAGCCCUUGACUCAAUGCCCGGGACUGCUCAAAUAUUACUUGUCAGAUAUUGAAUGA